UCUAACAUGGCGGCCAAGAGCAUGUCUCGUUCUUCGUUGGCUAAUUUGAGAAUUUGUGGGUCAGGUGCUUUGAGGUGCCUUGAGAGAACAGGCAACUUUCAAGGGUCUAUAAAGGAAUCCCACUGCUUUCAUUCAACUGCCCUUUUACUGAAAGCAAGAACAAGAAGUCAAUGGAGAAAAGACAGAGCUCCAGCACUUACCAAGCUCAAGCCAGACAAACCAGAGGAAACUGAACCAAGAAAGGCAUAUGGUGGACACAAAAAGAUCAAAGCCAUGCAAGUAAAUCGUGGAAUCUACGCUUGGAAUUCCCUAGAUAUAGAAUUUGAGUGUCCUAUUUUGAGUGUAGUUCAUAACACAGCCCAUAGAGAUUUCAACCAAAAAGGUGUGAUGGUCAAAGGAACUAUUGUUGAAGUGGACUCUAGUCCUUUUAAAACCUGGUACAGCUCCUACUACAAAAAAGAAGACUCUUCACAAGAGGCUAAUUCUUCACUCGAAAAUCUCAUGCCUUAUCUGGACAAGGGAAAACUUUAUGCUAAAAUAACAACACGGCCUGGUCAAAUCGGAUUUUGUAAUGGGUACAUCCUUGAAAGAGAGGAGUUGGAGACUUUGUUUAACACGCGUGAAGAUUUGAGGCCCAAAAGCCCGCAAGGACAAUGAUCAUACCUUGGAUCAUACAGUCAUUCAUCGCAAAGACUUUUUUUAUAAUUUUUUUUUUUUGUUUUUUUUGGAAUCCUUUUUCCCCAACAUUGAAAUGUUUUGUACGUGAGCUUUGAUUUGAUAGCAGGUGCAGGGGAAGGAUUUGUUGUCAGCGCUUUACAGACUGUAAAUAGUUAAUAAAGGUGGGAAACUCGCGCUAUCGAGUCCCUCAAUUUCUGCAUACUGGCGGCGUGGCCGAGAAACCUGCGGGCAGAUUCUCAUUGGUGCUUCGAUGGCGCUGCAGCAAGAGUUGCAAAGCUCGCGCGUUCCGAUCGUGCGAGCAGCGUGAUUGCUAGAGAGGUCCACGAGGGUUUCCUUUGUUUUAUUCCAAACCCCUUUCAGGACUUUCGUGCGCUCCCUUCACUCGCGUGCUCGGACCUCGCGCGCUUCGCCGUUCUUGCCGUAACGGGUGUAAUCUGAUGUGAUCUUAUGGUCUUGAUUUCUGCCUUAUUUUCGGAUCCCAGUCUUGCAGGGACAUUUCCCGAACAGCUGUUAAUCCGGACUAAGGAUCUUCGGGUUACUCUCAACCAAGUGGACUUGCUAUAUGAAUACCGCGAUCAAGAUUGCACAAAAACUCCACCAACGUGCACCGUUGUACAAACGAAUAAACGUUUUUAUGAGUUUUCACGUCUGUAUAUCACUAUCAGGAAAACAGCUGGGAAAACAACUUUCUUUUUACAAUUAUAUUUAAACUGAACGUUAUUUAACGCAAUUUAAUUGUGAUAUGACGUCGAUCUGAUUAACAACAACUGGAAUUUUUUCAGCCAUCCUAUCAAUGCUGAAAAAAAUUUAAUCUUUCGGUAUUGGUGUGUCACACAAACUUCACGAGACCAUCAAUUUAGCUACAAAUAUUUGAUGCAUUGUCAAUCCUUUGGCUAGCAUACACUGUUAAAAAACUUUGUUUUUCAAAGAAGAUCUCUCACUCAAACACAAAUACUUGAGCCUUUAACAAUUGUC